AUGAUAACGAGAAGUACGGCUUUAAAGAUUUCACAUUUCUCUCUCGCUCUUUCUUUGUCUCUCUUUCUCACUCUUUCUUUGUCUCUCUUUCUCACUCUUUCUUUGUCUCUCUUUCUCACUCUUUCUUUGUCUCUCUUUCUCACUCUCUUUCUCACUCUCUUUCGUAGUCUCUCUUUCGUAGUCUCUCUUUCUCACUCUCUUUCGUAUCUCUCUCUCACUCUCUUUCGUAGUCUUUUUCUUUCUUUUUAUAUUUCCCUCUCUUUCUUUCGUAGUUUCUCUUUCGUAAUCUCUCUCUCUCUCUUUCAUAGCAUCUUUCUCUCACUCUUUUUCUUUCGUAUAUCUUUCCCUCUCUUUCGUAGUUUCUCUUUGGUAAUCUCUCUCUCUCUCUUUCAUAGUAUCUUUCUCUCACUCUUUUUCUUUCGUAGUUUCUCUAUCGUAAUCUCUCUCUCUCUUUCUUAUAUCUUUCUCUCACUCUUUUUCUUUCGUAGUUUCUCUUUCGUAAUAUCUCUCUCUCUCUCUCAGUAUCUUUCCCUCUCUUUCUUUCGUAGUCUCUCUCUCUCUCUUAGUAUCUUUCCCUCUCUUUCUUUCGUAUUUCUCUUUCGUAAUCUCUCUCUCUCUUUCUUAGUAUCUUUCACUCUUUCUUUCGUAGUUUCUUUCGUAAUCUCUCUCUCUCUCUCUCUCUCUCUUUCACACUUUCUUUCUAUCUUUCUGUCACUCUUUUUCUUUCGUAGUUUCUCUUUCGUAAUCUCUCUCUCUCUCGUAGUAUCUUUCUCUCACUCUCUUUCUCUCUUUCUUUCAUUGUCCAUUUCUUUUUGGCUAACUAUUUCUUUCUCUCUAUACACGUCUCCAUCUCUCUCGACCAUGUGUACCCUCUACCGUACACCAUCACUUUCUCCUUUAUAUUCCGCCGAGACCGUUAUCUUCCAUAUCUAUCUCAGUACAUUCAUUAUCUAUAUUUGUACGUUCAUCAUCUAUCACUAUCCAUCCAUUUAUUUCAUUAUGUUCACGAUCUCAGUAAGUGUAUUAUCUAUCUCUCUAUCUUUGUCCAUUGACUAUCUCUCUAGCCAUCAACCAAUCUCGGUUAGGUCCAUUGACUAUCUCUCUAGCCAUCAACCAAUCUCGGUUAGGUCCAUUGACUAUCUCUCUAGCCAUCAACCAAUCUCGGUUAGGUCCAUUGACUAUCUCUCUAGCCAUCAACCAAUCUCGGUUAGGUCCAUUGACUAUCUCUCUAGCCAUCAACCAAUCUCGGUUAGGUCCAUUGACUAUCUCUUUAGCUAUCAACCAAUCUCGGUUAUGUCCAUUGACUAUCUAUAUCUAGCUCAUUAUGUUCAUUAUCUCUGUAACCUUGUCCUUUCAUUAUCUAUUUAUCUAUAUUCCACAUACCACGGUAGGUGA